GCAAUGGAUGGGGAGGGAACCUGUAAAACAAAACGAAAAAAGGCCAACCAAACUUUCAAGAGAACUAGUCCUUCCCAAAAAUAAAAUUUUUUCAUGUGUAAAAAAGCCGGUGAAUCUUCGGAGAAAGUGUUCAGUGUCUUUCGGGAUUCUCGAUGAAGAUCAUCAUGGACAACACUCUGCGAUUCGGUGUCAAAAAGAUGGACAGUGGCAAACAGCGUUUAUUGCGAACUCCAAAGUGCGCCCGUUGUCGCAAUCACGGGGUCGUCUCUUGCCUUAAAGGCCACAAGAAACUUUGCCGUUGGAAAGAGUGCCAGUGCACCAAUUGCUUAUUAGUAGUCGAACGUCAAAGAGUUAUGGCCGCUCAAGUCGCUCUCCGAAGGCAGCAGAAUUCCGAGUCAGCGAAAAGCGAUGGCCAACUGAAACCGAAUCAGAACAAAGUGACCAAAAGCGCUGAGGCCAUCAUGGCGCAAAAGAAACUCUAUCAGAAGCAUUUGAGGACCUUACAACAGAGUUCGCUGGCCAGGGAUGUUUUGCAAAAUUAUCGACAGUGGGUUCAACGCAGCCAUAAUGGAUCUGCAGUCUCACCCGACGGUGGCGACCAACAGUCUUAUACGGAUAAAGGUCUGGUCGUUCCUGCUACUGCGCUAAGUGAACGGAUGCGUAAGAGGAGAGCUUUCGCUGAUCGUGAUCUGGAUGCCGUCAUGUUCCAGCGUGAGCAACAGGCCGCCGUUGAACUUCAUCGUGUGAGCGGCAAUAGCCCAGGUGGCGAUACGACCCCACCACCAUCGUCUGCCCAGGCUCAUCCGACAUGCUGGAACGCUCUGCAUCCGAUACGAUUUCACGUGUUACCUUUGCAUCAGCAUUUCGUCCAGCAGUCGUGCGCGUUGCCAUUCACCGUUAAAACUGAAGCCAAUCCAUCGGAUUCGGACGAUUCAGAUAUCGAAGUCGACGUUAUCUCGACUCCUUCCAGUCCGCCUUCACCUUUACUGCCUUGCAGUGACAUCAGUGUCAAUGCCAACAAUAAAAGCAAGAUAUCCUUCUCGGUCGAGUCGAUCAUCGGCCGGCCUUAGACGUUGAGAUUGCAGCAUCUCGAUUUCUGCAUCCGCCCUAGUCUCCUGUACAUAGGCCUCUCUCUCUAUCCAGCACGUGAAAUCAUUUCUCUAUUGUAGGCAGUAUACGUAAAAUGACACUUUAAUGACUAUAUGUUUUUAUUCUCGUAACGCCGACGCCUUAUUUAUUUAUGAUU